GACGUGCUUUAGUCGACGUUGAAGUGAACCUCGGGGUUGGUGGAAGUGCUCUACGUGAUACGAUACAGAAGAGAGAAAAAAUGUGCGACGAAGAAGUUGCCGCGUUGGUCAUCGACAAUGGAUCCGGAAUGUGCAAGGCCGGAUUCGCCGGAGACGAUGCUCCGCGUGCCGUGUUUCCCUCGAUCGUUGGCCGUGCCCGACACCAGGGUGUGAUGGUCGGUAUGGGUCAGAAGGAUUCCUACGUCGGCGAUGAGGCCCAGAGCAAGCGAGGUAUCCUGACCUUGAAAUAUCCGAUCGAGCAUGGAAUCGUUUCCAACUGGGACGAUAUGGAGAAGAUCUGGCAUCACACCUUCUACAACGAACUGCGUGUCGCUCCCGAGGAACACCCAGUCCUGCUGACGGAGGCUCCACUGAACCCGAAGGCCAACCGCGAAAAGAUGACUCAGAUCAUGUUCGAGACCUUCAACUGCCCCGCUAUGUAUGUGGCGAUUCAGGCUGUGCUUAGUUUGUACGCUUCUGGACGUACUACUGGUAUUGUGAUGGACUCCGGAGAUGGUGUUUCCCAUACCGUUCCGAUCUAUGAAGGUUAUGCCCUGCCACAUGCCAUCCUGCGCCUGGAUCUGGCUGGCCGUGAUCUAACCGAUUACUUGAUGACCAUUCUUACCGAGCGUGGAUACACUUUCACCACCACCGCCGAACGAGAAAUCGUCCGUGACAUCAAGGAGAAGUUGUGUUACGUAGCACUGGACUUCGAACAGGAGAUGGCCACCGCCGCUUCCUCGACUGCCCUGGAGAAGUCCUAUGAACUUCCCGACGGACAGAUCAUCACCAUCGGCAACGAACGCUUCCGCUGCCCGGAGACUCUCUUCCAGCCGUCUUUCAUCGGAAUGGAAUCUGUCGGAGUUCACGAAACCGUGUUCAACUCGAUUAAGAAGUGCGACGUCGACAUCCGUAAGGAUCUGUUCGCGAAUACCGUCAUGUCUGGAGGAUCUACCAUGUUCGCUGGAAUUGCCGACCGUAUGCAGCGUGAGCUGACAACACUGGCCCCACCGUCGAUCAAGGUCAAGAUCGUCGCCCCGCCAGAACGUAAAUACUCCGUCUGGAUCGGUGGAUCCAUUCUCGCCUCGCUGUCCACCUUCCAGCAGAUGUGGAUCUCCAAGCAGGAAUACGACGAAUCUGGUCCCGGAAUCGUUCACCGCAAGUGCUUCUAAGUAAUCUUGUUACACAACUGAUAAUAAUUGUUCGGUAAUAAAAUUGUAUAGACUGAAA